GAAGGUUUCAAACAGAUGGGGCGUCGGGAAGUUGUUGGCACGCGUUUCCAUAGUUUGAAAAUAACACAAAUACACAACUGUGGAGUAUGAGUGGGGCUUGAGGCUUCCAGAGUCAGUAGCGGUAGAGGCCAAACAAGUCGGGACGGUUUUGAGCAAGAUUGUAAUAUAAAGAAAAAAGCAAGUUAAAUAGUCGAACAAUCGAUUUUUCGACUGCCAUCGCUGAAAUAACACGUCUGUGCGUGAAUCCGAUUGGGAAAAAAAUUUGGUGAAGAGCACCUUUCGCGUUCUAUUUAUUACAUACACACGGAUAUAAGAGUGUGUAUAUAUAUAUAUAUACAUACACAUUUAUACGUACAGACAGACAUCGGCAACAUAUACACACGAUUUUUUCUUUUCUUCCCCGUUGUUUGCUCUCGCUUCAAAGAAUUCCAUGAAAAUGUGAAAGUAGUUAUUUUUAUUCUGAAAGACACUUUUAGAUCGGUUUUGUGCACUGUGCGAUUUUCGAUUUCCCAUAAGUUCCAUAAAUACCGGUCCCCAGUUAUGGAUGAGAACGAGCAAGAAAUUAAAUCGCCCAUCAAGCGGCUGGGAUCCACAAGGAAACUGCUAGUCUUUAACAAUAUCCGUCUGCAAUUGAACGAUCAGCUGAGAUGCCUCGAUCUAAGGAUGGAAGCUCAGGUGGCUUUGGUCACAGAGCUACAGGACUUCUUUAGACGUAGGGGUGAACUCGAGCUAGACUAUUCCAAGAAUUUGGAUAAGCUAGCCAAGAGCCUUCAGUUAAGGCAUAAAGAACAGAAACAGAAGAGGGAACAAUGGCCAUUAUUCUCGAGCUAUGCUUGUUGGCAGCAGCUAGUGACCCAGACAAGAAAUUUGAGUCGGGACCAUGUUGCUCUUUCAGAAGUGUAUUCAACGCAUUUAGUAUCACGUUUGGCCCAAGUUAUGGAAGACGUCCAAAGGAUAUACAAGAGGUGUCGCGAGAUUGGGUACGAGAUGCACGAGGAAAUACUAAGGGUGCUGCACGAGUUACACACUACUAUGAAAACAUAUCACAGCUACCAGGGUGAACUGCGUCAGGCAGAAACUAAACUCCGCUCGGCUGAGAUGCAGAAGACCAAAUUCGAGCAGUCUCUCGCCCAAGACAAGCUGGACAAGUCCAAGAAGUAUAAGGUGACCAGUAAGGAAGUGCUGAAGCGCAAAAACAAAUAUACCGAUUCGAAGCUCAAAGCACUCAAAGCGCGGAACGAAUACAUCUUGUGCUUGGAAGCCUCGAACACGACUAUCCACAAGUACUUCGUGGAUGAUUUAUCCGAUCUCAUCGACUGCAUGGAUUUUGGUUUUCAUAAUUGCAUAUCUAGGGCGCUUCUUAUGCACGUUUCCGCUGAAGAAGGUAGACAGCGUUCGGUUCAGAGCGGCAUGGAUGCUCUAUCAUCUUGCAUUAAUUCGCUGGACUCGCGCUUGGAUAAGCAGAAAUUCCUCGAGUACAACCACAGCGCAUUCAUGAUACCGAAGAAGUUGGAAUUCCAAGGCCAGAAGCACGAGGAACAAUUGGAGCCGGAAAUAAGCAAGGUGUUGCAUCAGGAGAUGGAAAGUCGCCUGAAGCAGUUGCAGCAGCGCGUGACCUCUUUGCGUGCAGAAUCCGAGGAGGUCUGGAAGACUUUGGAGACAGCUGAAUCAACACUUCUGGAGAUGCUGAAUGCAAAGGACUACGAUUGUACCGGUUAUUUCGGAGAGAGUGCGGUCGCCAUUAGCAAGCCGCUGGAAACAGCUGUGAUCAAGCUGAGGGCCGAUAAGCAGGAGACUGAAGAAUUUUAUGUGACUAAAUUAAGAGAAUAUUUUAUAGCCUCAACGAAGAUUGCUCGAUUGGAUGCUAAGCAAGAGUACAUCCGGCACGUGUUGAAAACUGAUAACUCCGAUUGUAACAGCACUCUUAAGUCGGCUGCAAAAACGCCGCGUCGCAAACGCAUAGGUCGUUACCAGAUGAACGGGCAACCUAAGCUAUUUGGAGGGUCCCUUGAGGAAUAUCUGGAAGCCACCAACCAAGAAAUACCACUGAUCAUAAAAUCUUGCAUAAGAGUAAUUAAUUUAUAUGGUUUACAUCAUCAAGGUAUAUUCAGGGUGUCCGGAUCUCAGGUGGAAAUCAACAACUUCAGGGAAUGCUUCGAGCGCGGCGAAGAUCCUCUGGCCGACAUGACCGAUGCUUCGGAUAUAAACAGUGUGGCCGGCGUUUUGAAAUUAUACUUGCGCGAGUUGCGAGAGCCUCUGUUCCCAAUCAUUUACUUCGAGCAGUUUAUGGAUUUAGCACAAUUAGAAUCCAAAGACGAGUUUAUCGAGAAGAUGCGAGAGUUAAUCCAAAGCUUGCCCAGACCAGUUAUGGUUGUGAUGAGAUAUUUGUUUGCGUUCCUUAAUCAUCUGUCCGAGUUUCACGAUGAGAACAUGAUGGAUCCAUACAACUUGGCCAUCUGUUUCGGGCCAACUCUAGUUCCUGUUCCUGAAGAUAAAGAUCAAGUUCAGUAUCAGAAUCAAGUGAAUGAACUGAUCAAGAAUAUUAUUAAAUAUAAUGAAGAUAUAUUUCCUAAUGAUGGAGGCUGUGUUUAUGAAAAAUUUAUUUCGCCUGAACCUGAUGAUCAAAAUGUUUACAGUGAUGUAGGUGAUUCGCCUUCGGAGCAAGGGCCCGAGGAUAUCGACUCCGAGGUUUACCCAUCCGAAGAUGAUUCGGAAUGCAUGGAGGCUACCGCACAGUUCGAUUUUAUUGCCAGAUCCGAUAGAGAAUUGUCUUUGAAGAAAGGAGAUACGGUAACUUUAUAUGCUCAGGUUUCGAAUGACUGGUGGAGAGGUGCUGUGAAUGGAAACGAAGGCCUAAUACCAGAUAAAUAUAUCCUUCUAAAAAUGAAGGACGAUGACCGCGAUAAGAUGGAGAACUUGAAGUCGAGCUCUUCGGAGGAGUCCAUGCGGCGAAGGGCUUCCAGUUCCAACGACUCUAUGCUCUCGGAAAGCUCGGUAUCCGUCACGAAUUCGCCGCUGGUCCAGUGCACUCCGAUUACCUGGACUACAGUUUCUGAUAUGUCAGACACGGCCCAGCCCAAAAACUCGUCUCCUGUCCUUUUGACUCAACCCAGAGAGAACGCCGGGCAUGUGCACAGCAAAUCUCUGGACAUGUCUUUCGAUUCACAAGUAAAUAGUAAAGUUCAGGAGGAGGCAGUCAUUUCGCAUCGCACAACAAUAAACAUAAAUCAGAGUCCGCAAAGUAUAUUAGUUAACGGAAGUCCCUUGACGAAGAAGCCGGAGUUGGCGGAUAAAGCUGAGAGUUCUGUGGAUCUGAGAACGAAAGAGGUAGAGUCUAAUGUGGAAGGAUCGAAUGUAAACUUUAACCAGAACCGAGAGCAGUGGCAGCGCAGGGCUAAUUCGCAAUCGCAUAUUAAGGUUAAUUCAUUAACGAAACCUAAUAGGAAUUCGGAUAAUUGGGCGAGGCAGAACCACACGCCUGAUCUGGUGAUGGAUCUUCCAUUGGUAGGUAAUUCAAGUCCGAAGGAUUUAACCAAGAAACCCAUGUCUGUGGCGUACGGUAGCGGCGGUGAAGAAGAUGCUACAUUCUUGAAGUCUCUUGAAAGUCCUUCAGGCCCGGAGAGUCCUGACAUGCAGACGGCGGCCGAGAGGUUCGCCAAGCAAAACCAGUGCACCCUGAAGAAGAAUACCAAGGUGCAUAUAGACACCUCAGCCAAUGUGGAUGUUCCUAAACCAAUAUCCGACUUAGUUGCCAUCACCAGUCCAGCGCCGGACAGGAAACUUAUACCGCAAAUAGUAACCACAAAUAGUACAUUUAAGCCUCAGAUUAAGGCCAAGCCCGCCGUGCUCAAGAAACCAGUAUUCUCCGGAGUUAAUCAAACGCCAGACGUGAAUCGCAACAAAGAUUCUGACCUUAGCACCUAGGUUUUUAUAGAAGGGAUCUAGAGAUGAAGCAAACCUCUAUUUUUUAUCUUAUGUUUUUAACCAAUAUUUAUAUAUAUAUAUGAACACAUAAACACACAUAUACAUUA